CUGACUCGCCAUGGACGCAGACGCCCUCGACGACUACGGUGCCGCCUUCGCCGACGACUUCGACCUCGACCCCGCCUGCCGCGAGAGCCGCAUCUACGGCUGGAUCGCCAGCCAGUGCAACUACACCCUCGGGCCCGCCGACGACGACGAGCACCUCGAGCCCUGCGUCCCCCGCGGGGAGUCCCCCCUGCUCGGCCACCCGACGACGUACGCAUACCCGCCCACCGAGACCGACCUCGAGUCGGACACCGACGCGUCGGUGUCCACGCCGCAACAGCAUGGAGGCCGCGCCCUCUCCGUGCGCGCGUCGUGCCCCAACCUGUCGCGUGCUGCCGCCGCGGACGCGCGUCGACGCGAAGACGAACAACUCGACCAGGCCUGGGGCGCGGUCGCGCGCCAGCACCGGCGACGCGCCGCGUCCUCCACCAAGGUGCCCUCCGCGUACACGUAUACCGCCGCGCCGACGGUUCCAGCGGAACUAUUCUCCUCGAUCGAAAAGCCGCUGCCACCGGCGCCACAGCCGAUCUACAGCAGUUGUUCGCCGGUGACCAGUCCCGUGCACUCUCGCGCCCCUUCGUCGUUAUCGUUAUCGACCCGAAGGACGGCGUCCCAAGAGCUGAAGACGAACGCGGACGCGACUAGGCGCGCAGCCGUAUACGACAUCUCGGCGCCGUCUCCCCUCUCGGCGUCGACAUCCUUGGACGCGGUCAGCGACCGGGUUCCUACCCCAACACCGACGCCCACGCCCACGCCUACUCCCACGAUACGGCAUGCCAAGAGGCCACAGCCGAUUACGAUCGUGCCUGUGACCAUGCCCGGGCGCAGCGACGCGCCGCAUUCGGGAACGUCCUCGUCUACUUCGACCUCGACGCCGACGCCGACGCCGACCCAGCGGCACGUGAGGACGACCUCCUCCUCGUCCUCCAUCACCCGCACCCACGCGCAUGCCCCCGCGCCGUACCCGUCGGAGCAGGCGCAGACCCCCACGCAGCGGUCCACCCCGCCGUGCAUCGUGCCUCCGCUGAUGUCCCCGACGUCCUCCAUCAUGUCCUACGCCUCCUACGCCUCCACCGCGUCCGCCUCGACGCUCUCCACCCCCGCGCUCACCCUGUCGCCCACCUCCCCCGCGCACUCGGACGGCUCGUACUCGCCCUACCCCGAAGGCGAAGGCGAGCCCGAGGUCGACGCCGACGACGAGCACCUCGCGCCCACCGAGCUCGGCCAGCGCCGGCCGCGCGGCUACACCUGCGAGUCGCGCUGGUCCCUCUCCGACCGCGGCUCGUCGUACAACCUCUCCGUCGGCGGCGGCGGCACGCAGCCGCCCUCGCCGACGCUGAACAAGAUCCUGCCCUUCUCCCUCCCGCUCGGCCUGCAGCCCUCGAAGCGCGCGUCGAGGCAGUCGACCGCGUCCGUGCGCGCGCAGCAGCAUCCCUUCCCGACGACGACGACGACGACGGGCGCGCCGUCGCCCCUCGCGGCGCCGGUCCCCCCCGCGACGCCGACGCCGACGCGCAAGCUCGUGAAGAGCCUCAGCUCGUUCAACCUCCGCAGCGCGUUCGCGAGCACGAUGUCGAUCGGCGGCGGCGCGAAGAAGGUGCUCGUCGUGAGCGGGCUCACCGGCGACGACGCCGAGUUUGGCGACGUCGAGACCCGGAUCGCCGCGCUCAAGGCUUGGUGCGAGGAAACCGGCGAGGUUCGCCGGGUCUCGCGCAAGGACAACGGGAACGUCCACGUCCACUUCCGCAAGGCGAGCGACGCCGAGAAGGCGUGCGCGAUCCGCGGACGGAUCUUCAUCGAGAAGGUGGGCUCGGUCGUGUUCGACUGCGUGACCAAGUCCAAGUACGGCUCGAGCUCGAGCUCGAACGGCAAGCAACGGUCGCGGCGGCCGCUCGCGCCUGCCGCGUCGUUCACAGUGUAAGAGGGGAAAAAAGAGAACCCCCGCGGAAACAACGCGCCGGACGCGUCUCCCGUUUCCCCCCUCCUCUGCCUUCCGACAUCGCGCAAUCGAACGGACCUCCCCCCUCCGGCUUUCGCUGCACAUAUCGUUAUCGCUACACCUAUCCGUCGCUCUGCAUCCCAUCGUCACCCUACCCGCCGUACCGGCCGCUCGCAUCGAUCGUUCUUGCUCGCCCGGACCCCAAUCCGUCUCUCCCCUGGUUAUUAUCACGAACAUACGAAACGCCCACGCUCUUUUGAUUUUUUUCGCAUCGUUAAGGAAAGCCUUGACGAUCAACACACACACACUCGUUCAUCAAUCUCUCGGAAUCAUCUGUGCCAUCAGCUCACACACACACACACACUCCUUUGUGUCACUACCAUCUGGGUUUAUCUCUCUCUUCGAAAAUCGUCGCUCGUAUCGCUAGAAUGGGUUUGUGGUCCUCUCGUCGCUGCUCUGCUCGCUGUCGUUGCUCCAGGCUCGUGUAUCCCUCACACCUCCCUCCCCCCCUUCCUUCUCCCCGAACCCUCUCAACUUUUGCGUCUUUUUCUUCGGACAGGGACCUUCCUUCAUUGAGUAAUCGGGUCGCGACCGGUUUUUAGGUUUUUUUCGGUCGUCGUUGUUCGCGUUUUAUUCGAGACAUUUGCACAAAAAAGUAGCCAAGGGUAUUAUCGAUCCACCCCCCGCAUUUUCCGUAUAUACAUUAUAACCGACGUCUUGUGUAUUAAUCACCCAAUCUGUGCCGAAGAGGAAGGGAAGGGAAGGGAAGGGAAA